AAGGAAUAUGUUAUUAAUGUAAUGUAACGUAAUAUAAUGAAUCGUUUUGAAUAAUAUACAGUCCAUCUACAUUCAUAAGAGCAAUAGACGUAGUACUUCUAGGACAAAUACAAUGUUGAAGUGUGCUGCAGCCUUUAGCCUGCAACAUUCGUUCAGUCCGUCAUCCGCGGAAUAACAAUCACCUCUCGCACUUUAUCGAGAAGUACACAUCUUGUUUUUUUGGGAGGUUUACAUUACCGAUAUGUGGUGGUUUGGGUUCUCAGUCAUGCCCCAGCUGAGACCGUGAUCAGUGCCCCCAGCAUCUUCCCCAGGCCUAGGCCUGGUUUGGCGCAGCCUGAGCCAGCAUGUCCAGCUCCGGCUACCCCCCCAGUCAGGGGGCCUUCAGCAACGAACAAAACCGUUACCCUCCACACUCUGUCCAGUACACCUUCAGCUCAGCACGCCAUCAGCCGGAAUUCACCGUCCAAGACUACCGGACACACAUUCAGGACCAGCAGCAGGCGCGACGCAGACCCUCUCUGCUCUCGGAAUUCCACCCCGGAACUGAGAGGCCACCGGAGAGGAGGCAUGGGUACGAGCAGCAGUUCGUCUCGUCCCUCACCUCUCAGCCUGAGCAUGAGUCGCUGGAACCCAAGCGGCCACGCGUUGAUGGGCCGUCGGAGACUCACUUCGCCCGCGCGCCCACAGGCACCGUUGUCCUGCCCGUGCCCCACGCCGUGCAGGAUGGCAUCAGGUCUGCAGCUGGAGAGGUCAAAAAGGAGACACAGUUCAAUGUGAAGGUGGAGGCGUCCUCCCCGGGAGGAGUGGGUCAGCAUAUGGCAGAGGAGCAGGACGCGUCCCCUUCCAAACUGUCCAAGGAGGAGCUCAUCCAGAGCAUGGACAGGGUGGACCGAGAAAUCGCGAAGGUGGAGCAGCAGAUAUUUAAGCUCAAGAAGAAACAGCAACAACUGGAGCAGGAAGCAGCCAAGCCAGUGGAGCCGGAAAAGCCAGUGUCCCCCCCACCAGUGGAGCACAAGCACCGCAGCAUCGUGCAGAUCAUCUACGACGAGAACCGGAAAAAAGCAGAGGAGGCCCAUAAAAUAUUCGAAGGUCUUGGUCCCAAGGUGGAGCUACCCCUAUACAACCAGCCAUCAGAUACUAAAGUGUACCACGACAACAUAAAGACUAACCAGCUGAUGAGGAAGAAGCUCAUAUUGUUUUUCAAGCGGAGGAACCAUGCACGCAAACAAAGGGAACAGAAGAUCUGCCAGCGCUACGACCAGCUGAUGGAGGCCUGGGAAAAGAAAGUGGAACGCAUGGAGAACAACCCGCGCCGCAAAGCCAAGGAGAGCCGCACGCGCGAGUACUACGAGCGACAGUUCCCAGAGAUCCGCAAGCAGCGUGAGCAGCAGGAGCGCUUCCAGAGGGUGGGUCAGCGAGGAACCGGUCUGUCGGCAACCAUUGCGAGAAGCGAGCAUGAGAUAUCCGAGAUCAUCGACGGCCUAUCUGAACAGGAGAACAACGAGAAGCAGAUGAGGCAGCUGUCCGUCAUCCCGCCCAUGAUGUACGACUCGGAGCAGCGACGUGUGAAGUUCAUCAACAUGAACGGCCUGAUGGAGGACCCCAUGAAGGUCUACAAGUCCCGCCAGUUCAUGAACGUGUGGACGGAACAUGAGAAGGAGAUCUUUAGGGAGAAGUUUGUGCAGCACCCAAAGAAUUUUGGCCUCAUUGCUUCGUAUCUGGAAAGAAAGUGUGUGGCAGACUGUGUGCUUUACUAUUACUUGACCAAGAAGAACCAGAACUACAAAACACUGGUGCGGCGCAACUAUAGGCCACGGCGAGGGAGAAAUCAGCAGAUAACACGGCCCUCACAAGAAGACAAGUCGGACGAUAAAAACGAAGAGGACAAAUCUGAGAAAUCUGAGAAAAAAGAGGACGAGGAGAAGAAGGAAGAGGAGGAGAAAGAUGAAAAGGAGGAGUCCAAGGACCUUGGCAAAGACAGAGACAAGUGUGACGGCGGGGAGGACGAGGACGGGAAGGAGCAGAGCACGCCGCGCGGACGCAAGACCGCCAACAGCCAAGGGCGCCGCAAGGGCAGGAUCACCACGCGCUCCAUGGCCAAUGAGGCUGCCUCCGUGGUGUCCGAGGAGGUCCCUCCACCCCCACCUGAGCCAAGUUUGCCUGAGCCUGUUCAGCCACCAAAAACUGAGCAAGGUCCCAAGACUGUACGAGAACCUGCCAAGACCGCUCCAGUGACCAUGGAUAGAGGAGCUGUCGAGAGCGGAGAGACGUCUCGCUGGACUGAGGAGGAGAUGGAAAUAGCCAAAAAAGGUUUGGUUGAGCACGGCCGUAACUGGUCGGCUAUUGCCAAAAUGGUGGGCACCAAAAGCGAGGCUCAGUGCAAGAACUUCUAUUUCAACUACAAGAGGCGGCACAACCUCGAGGAGCUGCUCCAACAGCACAAACAGGAAAGGCGGGGCCACAGAGGGGAUCGGGACGUGUCUCAGAGCGAGAGCAUGACCUCCACAGCCUCCGCCGCAGAUGAUGACGAGGACGAGGACAACCCAGAAGAUAGUGAAGGUCCAGACAACAGCUCCGACACGGAGAGCGCUCCCUCUCCGUCUCAGGCGGAUCCCUCCAAAGCCGGCGGGAUGGCCGCGCAGCGGGACGAGGACUCCGCGGCGGCCUCGGCCUCUGAGCAGGACGCCUGCGCCUCAUCCAAGGGCCAGGAGGUGCCGCCGGACGAGCUGCGGGUCAAGCUGGAGAAGAGCCCGGAGGACUCCAGCGGCGACGUGCCGGGAGCCCAGGAGGAGCGCGGCCGCGGUGCCGGACCCGGCGGCUACGACGCUGCCCAGGUGCACACCAAGAGCGAGCCCCAGGACGUGGAGAUGAGCGGCAGCGGCGGCGUGCAGGUGAAGCUGGAGCCCGAGGCCAAGGAGCGGCUGGACAAGCACGGCGAGCACCCACACUCGGACAACGACUCCAGCGCCACGUGCAGCGCCGACGAGGACGUGGAAACGGAGCCCAGGAUGUACGACAAGCCGUCUAUGUUCAACCCCACCGGCUCGGUGUUGGUGUCGUCUGCCAUGCCAUCCCCACUGAACAUGCAGCAGCUCCAGGAGCGCGCCGCCGCCAUCCCACCCAUGGUGCCAGGUGUGUUCGGCCCUGGCGGCGUUCCCCAUCUGAGUGCCUACAACAUGUUCCAGCACCAGAUAAAGGCGGUGCACGAGUCGGCGCACCAGGACGACAAGCAGCGGCAGGACCAGGUGGAUCUGGAGCGCAGGCCCCGCUUGGCUACGCGCAGCCCCACCGUGCUCGACCGGGAAGGCAAGCCAUUCUACAUGCCUUAUGAAGUGCAGGAUGCCCAUGGAGGGGUUGUUCGGCCGGGCACUCCUUACCGCCUCUCUCCUCGCGAUCCCAGCAAGGCCUCGCCACAGCCGGACCCUGCGCGCUACAGUGUGCCACAGCCGGACCCUGCGCGCUACAGUGUGCCACCUGUUCUCCAGCCAGCGCCCAAUCAGAUGGUCCAGAACCUUACAGAUGGGGUCCGCAUGGCCUUCCCUCGGCACAGACCGCCCAACAUUCCGUCUCCUCCUCCACUCAUUCCCACCUCCAAGCCCACUGACAAGCCCACGUUCAUCCAGGGGGGCUCCAUAUCCCAGGGUACGCCUGGCACGUACCUCCCCUCCCACAGCCACGGCGUCUAUGGGCCCGAGGCAGCCAAGAGCUCUGUGGGCUCCAUUUCCCUGGGGCUGCCAAGACAACAGGACCCCGCCAAGCCUGUGUCCUACAUAAAGCAGGAGGAGUGUUCCCCACGAGGCCAGAGCUCACAGGGCGAGGGUCUGCACUCCAGAGCGCAGUACGAGGGAGUGGUUAGAGGGGGUCCAAUGUCUGCCAUCCAGGACGUGGGCAUGGCGAGAGGCUCUUCUAACAAACCAUCAGAGGGAAUACCUUUCAGAGGCUCCAUCACACAGGGCACGCCAGCGCUGCCACAGUCCAGUAUAGCCGCCGACCUCCUGAAGACGACCAUCACCAAACUGGCCACGGAAGAGCUCAGCAACUCUGAAAAGAGUCGGGCAGAGGCCAUGAACAAGGGCCAUGUAAUCUACGAGGGCAAGCAGGGUCAUAUCCUCUCUUACGAUGCCAUCAAAAACCCAAGAGAAGGUACAAGGAGCCCACGCCCUGAUCUCAAGCGUCCUUAUGACAUGAUGGAGGGGGAGAGAGGUCACCCUGGAAGUUAUGACAUGAUGGAGGGGGGGAGAGGUCACCCUGGAAGGGACUCUGUACCCUAUGAAGGGUUAAUAAGCAGGGCUCUGCCCAGAGAUGGGUCUCACCCGGAGUCCAAGGAUCGCAACGUUGUCACAGGGUCCAUCAUGCAGGGGACUCCUCGCACGUCUGUGGAAGCCUAUGAGGAAGGCAUGAAGUACGGCAAGCAGAUCAAGACUGAAAGCCCGCCCAUUCGCUCCUUUGAGGGGGGCAUCACCAAGGGCAAGCCCUAUGAGGGUGUGAACACCAUCAUCAUCACCAAGGAGUGUGGACGUUCCAUCCACGAGAUCCCCCGCCAAGAACUGCAGGGCCAGGACAACCGCAAGACCCCGGGACUGGAGGGCUCCAUGAACCAGCAGUCCACCAUCAAGCAUAAUGUGAAGUCGCUCCUCACCAGCCCCAGCAAGCUGCCGCACCCAGGCAUGCCCCAGCUGGAAGCCAUGGAGCGGGCAAAGUACGAGGAGGCCGCCGCCAAGGCCUCUAAUGAGCGUGUGCGCCAAUCCGUGGUCAACUCCACCUCGGUCCUGCGCUCCACGCACCAGGAGGGCAACAAGUCCCAGGUCAGCCCGGUGAUGUACGAGGACGCCAAUGCCCGAAGAACCCCGGUCAACUACAGCAGCAGCGGCAGCAGAGAGAUGUCCAGAGCAUCCCCACUGCUGGUGCGAGGACAGGAGGGGAGCAUCACAGCCGGGAAGCCGGUGUCUCACGAGAGGAAGAGCGCCCUGAUGUCCACCCAGACUGGCAGGGAGAGUGUUCCUGCCAAGUCUCCAGUGCUGACCGCCGACCCCAUGGGCUCGCCCUUCGACCCCCACCAUCGACCUGUCAUUCCUGGGGAAGUGUACAGGCCUCCCCACCUGCCUCCACACCUGGACCCCAACCUUGUUUUCCACCCAGCGUACAUAUUUCCGCGGCAACCGUCUCCGACAGGCUACCACAACACGUACCAGAUGUACACCAUGGAGAAUACGCGCCAGACCAUCCUCAACGAUUACAUCACCUCGCAGCAGAUGCAGGUCCCGCGGCCGGAUGUGGCCCGGGUGCUGUCGCCACGGGAACAUCAGAUUCAAAUCCCUUACCAUCCUGGACCACGAGGUAUUAUUGAUCUAGCCCAGAUGCCACGAGCUCCUAUCCUGUUGUCUGACCGCUUCACCUACCUCCCUGGAGCUCAGCCCCCUUUCUCUCCUAGUGCUUUCAACCAAGCCUCCAUGCUUGCAGCCAGCGCAGAGCGAAGAGGGGAGAGGGAGGCUGACGAGACCACCGAGAGGCCCAGUCCUGAGCGGCCAGGCAGGCCUGGAAGCAACAGUUACCUGCGCUCGCCCUCGCCCUCUGUGAGGGCACAGGAGAGUGCCAACCAGCAGCGGCCCAGCAUUUUCCAGGGCACCAACAAUAAGAGCGUCAUCACACCCCUCGUAAUGUCGUCAGCCCAGAGUCGCUACAGCAACGCUGCUGACGCCCUGGCAGCCCUGGUGGACGCCGCUGCUUCUGCCCCGCCGGUGGACGUGGCCAAGGUGAAGGAGAGCAAACAGCACGAGGCCCAGCGUGACGAGGACAUGAGCUCCUCGUCUGCCCGCCGAGCAGCCGCAGCCUUCAACGAGCAGCAGGAGACCGAGAGGCGGUCAAUGCAGUCGCCGUACGGCAGCAUGGCCAUGCCCGGCGGGGUCAAAGGCCAUCAGGGCUACAUGGAGGCACAGGCCGCAGCGGGAAAGGACAAGAACGCGCCCACCAAGUCUCGCAUCGAGGAGGAGUUGCGCACGCGCGGGAAGACCACCAUCACCGCCGCCAACUUCAUUGAUGUAAUCAUCACGCGCCAGAUUGCCUCGGAUAAAGACUCACGCGAAAGAGGCUCCCAAAGUUCCGACUCCUCCAGCAGUUUGUCAUCCAAUCGGUAUGAGGCCCAGAGCGGAGGUGCCGUUGAAGUCAUCAGCCCUGCCAGCUCCCCGACGCAGAGUCAGGAGAAGCCCGAGAGCCCCUUCCCCCAGGAGAAGGCCUCCCAGCCACCCUCAGCAGGUGGCAUGAGGGCCUUCGACAUGAGCCGCUACCGUCAGCAGGUGGAGCGGGACCAAGGUCCUCCAGCUCCACAGCAGCCCCCCACCUCCCAGACGCACCGCGUCAUGACCCUGGCAGACCACAUCUCGCAUAUCAUAACCCGGGACUUUGCCCGCAAUCAUGAGCCCAGCCCAGCCCCUACAUCCACGCCCUCGUCUUCAUCCUCCUCCUCGUCUGCGUCCGCCACAUUCCAGAGCUCGGCCCCGCACGUGUCCGGAUCGGGCCGAGCCAAAGGGCCCAGCAACUACAGCCCUGAGAACCCGGUCCUGCCCUCCCACCACCAGAGGCCCUCCAGCAGGGUGUCCCCUGAGAACGCCACGGACAAGCCCAGGUCCAGGCCAGGGAAAUCUCCCGAGCGAGGUGGUCGACCUCUGGAGAGUUACGAGCCCAUCUCUCCACCCCAGAGUUACAGCAUGGAGAAGCAGGAGGCUUCAGCCGCUCUGCUGCAAAGCCAGAGGAGGGAAGCCGACAUGCCUGAGCAGAGGACGGACUCACGCUCGCCAGGCAGUGGCAGCUACCUGCCCUCUUUCUUCACCAAGCUGGAGAACACUUCCCCCAUGGUGAAAUCCAAGAAGCAGGAGAUCUUUCGUAAGAAAGGUGUCGGUGAUUCUGAUGUUGGCAGUGCACAACCAGGUACAGAGAUCUUCAACUUGCCUGCAGUAACCAGCUCAAGUUCCGUGAAUCCCAGGAACCACUCCUUCAGUGACCCGGCCAGUAACCUGGGCCUGGAGGACAUCAUCCGCAAGGCGCUGAUGGGGAAUAUGGAGGAGCGGCCGGAGGAGUCGGCCCAGGUAGGAGGGGCCCCACGGGGGCAGCGCCAGCAACCCCACCAGCAUGGCAGUGGUAACGAGGGCCGGCAGGACGCCAACCCCUCCCCAAACACAGGGAAACAGAAGCUGCAGGGAAAGCCUAACAGCCGCAAGUCCAAGUCGCCCAAUCCUGGACAGGCCUUCGCUGGGGGGGAGCGGCCAUCCUCCGUGUCCUCCGUCCACUCUGAGGGGGACUACCACCGGCAGCCCCCCGCCUGGGCCUGGGAGGAGCGCCCCUCCUCUACAGGGUCCAUGCAGUUCCCGUACAACCCUCUGACCAUGCGUAUGCUGAGCAGCACGCCGCCCACCUCCAUGGCCUGCCCGUCGCCCUCUCUGCAGUCCCAGCAGCCUCCGCCACCCAUGGGCUCCAUGCCCUCGUCGGGAGCGCCAGGGGGGGCGCCGGGACCGCAGCCAAGCCGUGUCUGGGAGCGCGAACCGCUCCUGUCGGAGCAGUACGAGACCCUGUCAGACAGUGACGACUGAGCUCAGCCACGAGACCAAGGACGCCCCCCUCUAUCAUAAAAAAACAAAACAAAACAAACCCUUGCAUCGCCUCGCUUCUGGGCCCUGAGGGAACAGCCCCGUCCCCCAUGAACCCCCCACCUCCCCACCCCAGUGCGGGUCUGCGCCACGCGCCCCCCACCUUGCCCUGCCACGAGCCUCGAAACGCAGGCGGAACUCUGCAGGGAACUGCUGGGGUGGCACUUUUGGUGCGCUAGCGCCCCCUGGUGACACAGCCAGUGGAAAAUAAGGGGCACAGACUCCUGACACGUUGGAUGUUGCCACGAUGACAAGUAUGUUAGGAGCUUUUUUUUCUUCUUCUUCUUCUUUUGUUGUUGUGGAGAGACUUAACCACGUCACCUGGCCGGGGGAAAGGCAGCUUAGACUUGUGUUGGCAGAGGCAUGUGUCAGUGUGUAUUUUAUUUUUCCUCCCUCUCCUUCCUUUUUAUCAGUUUUUAGUUCACAUUACCCAGCCCCCCUAUCUUUGCUGUUCCAAACAGAAAUCUGAUUUUUUGUAAUUGGUCUGUCCCAUUAAUGACAGAAAUUACCAAACUAAUGACACCUCUGCACCAUUGUUGCACUUUUUUUGCUUUGUAAGCUUUGACAGAUAUAAAGGCAUAAUACCUAAUAUAAGUUAUUUAAGCUGCCCCCUGAAGGGGUUCCUUAAUUUGAUUUCAUCAGCAGUCGGCAUCACCCUCGGACUUCCUGAGUUCCAGUCCAUCUUCUCCGGUUGCAGAUGUCCUAUUUCCUUUAGAGUAUGGUACAGCUCUGUCAUGCGAGUGGCUUGUCAAUACCAUUUUUUUUUUUAGUCUCCUCAUGGCCAGAGGAAAGCUGAUUCUCUCUUUUUUGUCAUUUACGUUAAUAAAACUCAUUGUCUCGCU